GGAGGAGGAGGAGGAGGGAGCUCGAACCUGGGGAACCAGACUCCCCCUCUGGCCCGGAUUAACCCGGGUCCGGUGGUGCUGAGCCCGCUGGUCUGCAGGAACGGAGUGGGAGGCUAUGGGCGCACCCUGGUGGUGAGUGCCGAGAUGUGUUUCUACUGCUUCGAUGUGCUGCACAGCCAUCUGCUCGGGUACCCCCAGUCCUGCCUGCCCCGCUUCACCAACGAGUCCUACCCCUUGUUUGUGACAUGGAAGACGGGCCGGGACAAGCGUCUCCGUGGCUGUAUCGGGACCUUCUCCGCUAUGAGCUUGCACUCAGGACUCAGGGAAUAUACUCUAACUAGUGCUCUUAAAGACACCCGCUUCCCUCCAAUGACCCGCGAGGAGCUGCCCAAACUCUUCUGCUCUGUGUCUCUGCUCACCAACUUUGAGGACGCGGCCGACUACCUUGACUGGGAGGUGGGAGAGCAUGGAAUCCGGAUUGAGUUUGUGAACGAGAAGGGGAUGAAACGCACAGCCACAUACCUUCCUGAGGUGGCCAAGGAACAGGACUGGGACCAGAUCCAGACUAUAGACUCUCUGCUGAGGAAGGGAGGUUUCAAAGCAGCCAUAACCAAUGAACUGAGGAAAACUAUUAAACUGACACGGUACCGCAGUGAGAAGAUGACCAUCUCGUACUCGGAGUACCUUGCCUCCCGUCAGCACUGCUAUCAGAAUGGGGCUCUCCACUCCUCGUCGCUCUUCAACCAUUACUCCUGACACCAGUCCACCGGCUCAGCCCAGCCCACUGGGUGCCACUGCUGCCUACGACAUCAUUGGUGCUGAUGGAGGCAAUAAUGCCUAUGACGUCAUUGGUGGCGCCGCCAGCACCUCAACUUGGUCCAGCUAUUUUUAUUACUGCACUAUAUUGUGAUGCCAGUUGGCAACUCGAGCAGUGGAAAAAAAAUACCCUACAGCAGAUCUCACAAAAACAAAUCUGGUAGAGAGAAGCUAGCGCCUCUUCCACUGGGACGCAUGUGACCCCACUACUACUAUAUUAAAACCUGGCUUGACGUCA